UUGCUUGAAAAAUGAAGGGAAAACUGCCAGAAAACGAGUGACUGAGGAGCAGGCGGAAAACAAAGGAUUAAAGAUUGUCCAGAGAAGGCAAAAGGAUAGAGUGGACAAAUUAAAGAAGACUACAACAUAGCAUUAUCAAGAGGACAACUGAGGAAGAGACAGCUGCCGGCUCAUACAGACAGCAAUUUAUAUGGCGUAACAUAUUGAUCCCGUAAAAGUUGAGAGAUGGAACCAGGCCAGGAUGUGGAUAUGAAGCGCUGGAUCUUUCCCAAAGCAAAACCGCGUCAGAAGAAGAAUGAUUUGGAGACCUCAAUGAUUCUUAGUCGUCAACGAGGUCUGGCUUCAGGGCCAAAAAAGAAGACUUUCAUUCAGGAUAAUGCCAAAUCACAAAGUCGUCUAGGACCUGAUGCCAUGGAGACCAUUCGGGCCAAUGUCAUCCCCUUCGAAAUGGAUCUUCAGCCACAGCCUAGGAGAUGUUUUUCAGCUGAAGAAGCAUCUAAAGUCAUCAAGUCUGUUCUGGACAACCAGCUACAGGACAGCAUAUAUGAUGCCACAAACAGUCAUCAGAGGGCAUUGGAACUGGCAGAGCUGGUGAAGAGAGCAGUCAGGGAGUUAGAUUAUGAGAGAUAUAAGCUUGUAUGUUAUGUGGUGUUGGGCCCUGUGUCACCGAGGGCAUUGUCCUGCUGCAGCAGGAGUGUCUGGAGUCCAAACUCAGACACCUAUGCAGAAUAUUUGUUCCAGAAUAACUCUCUGUUUGCCUUGUGCAUCGUAUAUGCAGGAUACUAUGAGUAGCACACAAGUUGUCCUAGAACACACAUCACAAUAAUACAUGGAGACUAUUCAUUGUGCAUAAUAAAUGCUUUUCAUGACACUACAUGUAACUUGCAUAAAUGGGUAGUGACCUUAGUUUUGUCCCUGCAGUCUCACUGCUCAAUUCUGUGCCAUUUAGAGGUUAAAUCACUUUGUUUAUGCAGCCCUGGCAUACCUCUCUGCAGUUGACUUACACGGUCUUCCUAAACACUUCCUGUAAAAAGUUAUCUAAUGUUUACACUUCCUUCAUUGUAAAUUCUGUUUAAUUUAGAAUGUCUAAUCUCCUGCUCUGUUAAUAGCUGGCUAGUCACUACAGUAGC